UCCUCAGCAGAGGAGGAUGAAGGGGAAGAAGCAGGCACAGUAGUUCCCAUUGCACAGCAGUAGGAGUCCUGAGCAGCGUGGGUUAAUAGAGCAGACACAGGAACCCUGGGACACAGCUCCUGAGCCCCAGAAGGGGAGGGGCCAGUGCCCUCACUGACUGAGCAGCAGCUCAUCCCUCUGCACAGUAGUGCGGGGCCGCUGCCAGAUGUCAGGGAGGGGGAGCUGGGGCUCAGUCAAUCUGGGGGCCGCCCCAAUGGGACCACAGCCACGCCCGGCCGGGUACCCACCUGUAGAGAUGAGGAGAGGGAAGCAGCCGAGGCAGGAACCCAUCAUCAGCCCGCACCCGCUCUCGUAGAACAGCUAUUAAUGACUCGUCAGCCAUGGUGGAGGAAGCUGCACCUUCACCCCAAAACCGCAGAAUCUUCUGUAACUGUGGCCGGAGACAAUAGAGUUGGAUCCCAGCAUGGAGCUGACUGCAGAGCAACACCGCAUCCCCCUAAGCGAUGGCAACAGCAUCCCUGUCCUGGGGCUCGGCACCUACUCCUCCCCGGCCACGACCCCUAAAGGAACCUGUUUGGAAUCUGUCAAACUGGCCAUAGACAUUGGUUAUCGUCACUUCGAUGGAGCCUUUGUGUACUACAACGAGCACGAGGUUGGGGAAGCUAUCAGAGAAAAGAUAUCGGAAGGCAAGGUGAAGAGAGAAGACAUUUUCUACUGCGGAAAGCUUUGGAACACCUGUCACCCUCCGGAACUUGUUCGACCGACCUUGGAACGGACUUUGAAAACGUUAGGUUUGGAUUAUGUGGACUUAUAUAUAGUGGAGCUGCCAAUGGCCUUCAAGCCUGGAGAUGCAAUUUACCCAAGAGAUGAAAAUGGAAAGUUUGCUUAUCACAAGACAGAUCUGUGUGCUACUUGGGAGGCUUUAGAAGAAUGUAAAGACGCUGGCCUUGUAAAAUCCCUGGGGGUCUCCAAUUUUAAUCGAAGACAGCUAGAACUGAUUCUCAAUAAGCCAGGAUUGAAGCACAAGCCCGCCACCAACCAGGUUGAAUGUCAUCCUUACUUCACCCAGCCAAAGUUACUGGAGCUCUGCCGACAACAUGGCAUUGUCAUCGUGGGCUACAGUCCAAUUGGGACAUGCCGUGAUGCCUCAUGGGUAAAUGUGUCCUCUCCGCCCCUCCUGGAGGAUCCAAUCUUAAUCCAAAUCGGCAAAAAGUACGGCAAGACCUCUGCUCAAGUUGCUUUACGAUUCAACGUUCAGAGAGGGGUUGUGGUCAUCCCAAAAAGCUUUAACCCGGAGAGGAUCAGAGAGAACUUCCAGAUAUUUGACUUCUCGCUGACUGACCAGGAAAUGAAGGACAUUGAAGCUCUGAACAAAAAUAUUCGCUACGUGGAACUGUUAAUGUGGAGCGAUCAUCCGGAGUAUCCAUUCAAGGACGAGUAUUGAUGGGAACGGACGCACGGUAUUCGUCUUUGUGACAAUGAGGACGACCCUUCCCACUACACCAGAUAUCAGUGCAGCAAGACGUCCAACCAGCCCGUACCAACCGCGCCGCAAAGAGGAAAGCUGGAUUCCCCCCUCCCCACAUUUUAUCUAAAAUGGU